AUGGCCAGGCGCCGGAAUAUAGAAUGCCGCUGGACGUCGCCGCGUGCAGGUCACGACGCUGAGAUGUACGGUGGACAGGCUGCACUGCACGCCGGGCGGUCGUCGUCCGGACAAGCUCGCCGCCAGCGGGUCGUCCAACAAACGCGGAUAUUAAGUUUCUGCAGGCCGCGGCUUACAGGCAACGUCGGAGCUGCAGGUGAUGCCGCGCCCGGGGCGGGAACGCAAGGCCGUGGGCACCGCAGUGGUGGUUGCGAUGCCAUGCACGACGUGAGUUCGGCACACGGAUUUCGGACCAUGGGUGUUGUUUUACGAUGCGGCACGCGUGGAGUGUAG